AUGCUGCUGGCGGUCUGCACCACCGCUUCCACGGACAACCGCCCACGGCGCCGCCCCACAUAUGACUGGAUGCGAAGGAAGCUCCGACCACCACCCGUCAUCUCCAGGGCUGGCGUCGAGGAGUUGUGGUUCAGGCAAAAACUAGAUCACUUCGAUUCUACCAACAACGCCAUCUGGAGUCAGCUCUACCACCGCAACGACAGAUACUACAAAUCUGGAAAUCCUGUCUUCUUGUUCAUCGGUGGGGAACCCGAAGCCAGCUCUUCAUGGGUGAGUGGAGGGUUCAUGUUCACGCUGUCCAGGAGUUAUGGCGCCCUCAUGCUGGAGCUGGAGCAUCGAUUCUAUGGUUCCAGUAGGCCCACUAGGGACAUCAGCACGACGAACCUGCGCUACCUGAACUCGACGCAGGCGCUGGAGGACCUGGCGUAUUUCAUUCAGCAGCAGCGCCUGCAAAACCCGGAGCUGUACUCUGCCAAGUGGGUGGUCUUCGGCGGCUCGUACGCCGGCAACCUGGCCGCCUGGGCGCGCCUCCGCUACCCGGACAUCACCGACGGAGCCGUCGCCUCCAGCGCGUCCGUUCUGGCACAGGCCAACUUCCCAGAGUACCUGGAAGUGGUGGCUGAGAGCAUGCAGACGUUUGAUCCUAACUGCGUACCAGUGCUGGAUGCAGCCAUGAAAGAGUUCGAGGAGCUGCUGCAGAGCGACGCCGGCGUCUCCACCAUCAACGAGCUGUUCAGGCUCUGUUCCCCGCUGAACGUGUCGCGGGAGUACGACGUGGCGGGUCUGACCAGCCUCGUCAUCAGUGGGUUCUCCCGCGCGGUACAGUACAAUGACGUCAUGGUCGGCAUAAACAGCACCGUGCAGGAGUACUGUGUCGCCCUGCGGAGUGCCAGUGGCAACUCGCCCCUCCAGCAGCUCACCAACUUCUUGGCUGGCGAUGACACGUCCUGCUUCGACCCCGACUACGAAGCGUCCUACGAGGAAUACUUGUCUACUGGAUGGGAUGGUGAUGGCAUGCGCCAGUGGUUGUGGCAGACGUGCACAGAUUUCGGCUACUACCAGACCACGGACUCUGCCAACCAGCCGUUCGGCCCUACUACACGGACAUGUGCUCCUUCAUUUUCGGCUCAGAGUAAGUACACGGCGGAGAGGGUAGAGGAAGGCGUGAGGAAGGCCAACCUGCUGUACGGGGGUCGCACCCCCAACGUCACCAACGUUGCUUUCGUGAACGGCGGCCUCGACCCGUGGCACGCACUCGGAGUCCUCGAGGACAUCAGCGAAUCAUCUCCAGCCAUCGUCAUUGAGUACGAGUCGCACUGCUCGGACCUGUACUCCCCGUCACUUCUGGACAUCCCACAGCUGACGGCAGCCCACGACAGGAUCGAGCAGCUGGUCGCCCAGUGGAUCAACUAG